GUCAACAACAACAACAGCAGUACUUUUAUUUAUAACAACACAAAAGGCGCAUCUCUAGUUCUUUCAGAUCGGGGACGGACCCGCUAUAUCUGUCAGUAGGCGUAACGAAUAGUAGACACGGGAGCAAAGCAUAAUUUUGUAUAAAACAUUCAUGAAAAUGAAUGAAAAGGAAACUCAAACCAAUUUGAAAAGCAAAAAGAAAGCUGUGGAAGAACCAGCAUCGACGAAGAAUGUGGACACACAAACUACGCCACAGGAGAAACUGAAACCGGAACCGACUAAACCGUCCACACCGCAGGUUCAAAAGAUAUUGGAUUGUCAAUUUGAAAUAUUUGGUAUUGUGCAAGGCGUUUCAUUUCGAAUGUAUACGAUGCGGAGGGCCGAGAAGCUAGGCGUGCGUGGUUGGUGUUUAAACACCCCACACAAUACGGUCACGGGCCAAAUCCAGGGCUAUGAAACAGCGUUUGAGGCAAUGCGUCUCUGGCUAGAACACACUGGCAGCCCUACGAGUCGGAUUGACAAAUGCAUUUUUGGCAUCACCAAUGAAUUAGAAAACUUUACAUUUGAUUCGUUUACUAUUCGCAACGAAUAACAUA